CCUUCGUCCAUUGCUCGCAGACUACAAUUUACAGGUCGAUGGAUAUUAUACUUACGGUUCACAGCGGACUGAGGAACGAGCAAAUUGGCCACGAAUAGUCUGUAAAGACUACUGAUACCUCUAGCAGAUGCUCUUGUACGCCCUUACUGUAUAUAGGGGCCAUUGACGUCACAGAUGUCAUUCACGUCAAGCUUCGCCGCAGUGUCGGACAUCAUCUCUUGCUGUGAAUGUGGAGGCGAUUACGUAACACACACUCUAAUCUUCACUAGUAUAGCGAGAGUUUAGAGUGUAACUGCUGGCAGAACAUAUAGACUCCUGGAUGGACUUUUCAAGCUUGCUCUCACAGGAAAUAAACAAGAAGAGGAAGGCAAAUGAUCGGGGUCGUAUAAGCAAGAAAGGUAAACCCAGCGUUCCUCCCAAGGAGAGUGUUCCAGAUGAGGAGAAGCAGCUGGCCACACUCGAAGGGGAGCAGAAGCAGACUCAAGAUAAGGAUGGCCAAACCACACAUCAGGACGAAGAAUCUGAACUUGUCAACUCGAUAAGCGAUGAGCAAUUGCGAGAGAAAUUACUCGAGUUCAAUGAAACAGAUACUGAUUCAGAUAAGCUCACCUUGGUCAAGAAGUUGCAAAUAUUGACCAGGAACCAAAAUCGAUUAAACAAAUAUAGGGAUCAGAUACAACUCGAGUCCAGGCUCCAUGAAGCCCCCGAGAAAAAGAUGAUCACAAUGGAAAGCAUACUAAACACCCAUAAGUUCCAAGAUGAAUUGUAUGUCCAAUUACGGGUGUAUAUCAAAGACUUGAUCAAAGAAUGGGAAGAAGAGGAGUCAAAAAAGCCUGAGCAAGAAGCUCUCUUGCACGAAACUAAGGUGGAUCUUGUCAAGGUGUUAUACAAGCUUAGAGUCCACAAGCUCACUCCUGACAUGCUUACCUCGCUCACUACGAUCAUGUACUAUAUCCAGAACAGUGAGUACAGAAAAGCCAACGAAAGCUACAUGAAGUUGAGCAUCGGGAACGUGGCCUGGCCCAUUGGUGUUAGAGAUGUGGGUAUCCAUGCCAGAAGUGCUGAUCUGAAGAUAGCCAAGGCCAAUGCGAACAUCAUGAUCGAUGAUAAGACACGCAGAUGGAUCACAAGCAUUAAGAGGUUGUUGACGUUCAAGGAAAGGCAGUGGGACAAGUCCCACAUUGCAUGAUCUGAAGUCCCCAACUAGUUAGACAAUUUGUAAUAUAGACACCUGGGAAGACGAUGGCUAUGUAUCACGUGCAUUAGGGCUUGCGCCCCAAUAGCUUAUGUAAGUGCGCUCGCGCAAACACCCAAACCUCAACUACUGGCGCCUCAUCCACCAGUGAAAAAAAUUCAAUCGCUAUACUUUAUACCACUUCUUAG